AUGAAAGCCAGCAAUGAUACACGAUUUUCAAAGUUUCUUCUUCUGGGAUUUUCAGAGGAACCAGAACUGCAGCCCCUCAUAUUUGGGCUUUUCCUCUCCAUGUACCUGAUCACGGUGGUUGGAAACCUGCUCAUCAUUCUGGCCGUCCACUCUGACUCCCACCUCCACACCCCCAUGUACUUCUUCCUGGCCAACCUCUCCUUUGUAGACAUCUCUUCCACUUCCACCACUGUCCCUAAGAUGCUGAUGAAUAUACAGACAGAAAGUAAAGUCAUAACCUAUGCAGACUGUGUCACACAGAUUUAUUUUUUCGUACUCUUUGCUGUGUUGGAUGUCUUUCUCCUGGCCGUGAUGGCCUAUGAUCGCUUUGUGGCCAUCUGUCAACCUCUACACUACAUGGUUAUCAUAAACCCUCAGCUUUGUAGACUUCUGGUUCUAAUGUGCUGGACCAUAUGUAUACUUCAUUCCCUGCUACAAACCUUAAUGGUGUUGCGGCUGUCCUUCUGUACAGAGGUGGAAAUCCCCCACUAUUUCUGUGAACUCAAUCAGAUGAUCCAACUUGCCUGUUCGGACACCUUUCUCAAUAAUAUGGUGAUGUAUUCUGCAGCUGUCCUGCUGGGUGGUGGCCCUUUUUCUGGGAUCCUUUACUCUUAUUCUAAGAUUGUUUCCUCCAUAUGUGGAAUAUCAUCAGCUCAGGGCAAGUAUAAAGCAUUUUCCACUUGUGCAUCGCACCUUUCUGUUGUCUCCUUAUUUUAUUGUACAAUGCUUGGUGUGUACCUUAGCUCUGCUGCUACCCAGAGCUCCCACGCAAGUGCAGUGACCUCAGUGAUGUACACGGUGGUCACACCCAUGCUGAACCCCUUUAUCUACAGCCUGAGGAACAAAGAUGUAAAGAGGGCUCUGAAAACAUUCUUUGUGAAGGAGACUCUACUUGGCCAGUUGUCAUAG